AUGGGUCUUCACACACUCUACGAUUUGGAUUUCGUAAACAACUUACUAAAGGCUAGAUACGUCCUUGUGAAACAAUGGCACGAUGAACGUCUGGUCUGGAAUCCAUUGGAACACAAUAACAUUACGAGUCUGUACAUGUCAAAAAAUGAGGUGUGGAUGCCAUCCAUCAUAAUGUGCAAUUCCAUGAAGGAAUCAGAUGAUGAAGACAAUUUUCCUGAAGUGAGGAUUUUUAAUAAUGGGUUGGUGGAAAGGUGGUCACUACCAUUAUUACAAAGUUAUUGCGAGGUAAAUGCUUACGCCUAUCCAUUUGAUGAACAUAUAUGCAAAAUUUACAUGUGUAUCGCUUUGCAUACACCUCAGCAUACACAAAUAAACACACUCAUUUACUAUGAUGCAGAUCAUACUCAAAACUACAAAUGGAAUGUUAACAUAAGUGGUGAGAUGAAAGGCAUAAAAUUCUCUUUCAGUUACGCUUUUGCUUCGAUACACUUACAGCGUAAGCUUACAGUUGGUAUCAUAGCUAUGCUAAUUCCAACAAUAAUGAUGACAAUUUUGACGGUUUUUGUUUUCCUCCUGCCCCCUGAAUCAGGCGAGAAAGUUUCUCUAGCUACGACAAUAUUUCUCUCAAACGUCUUAUACCUUAUUCAGUUUGAGAAGAAAACACCAAUAAGUUCAAAAUAUCCCUCACUUCUUAUCUUGUAUUUAAUGUUAUUAUCAUUGAUGAGUGGGAUUACCACUCUUGGUUCGGUAGUUGUCAGCAAGUUGUAUGUAAUCCAAUCGUCUAAUGAGAAAAAAUUAAGUUCGCCAUGUAAAAAGAAAAAUAAAGUUUGUAGUAACCAAAUAGCGGAUGUUUCCAGCAUUUCUAUGGCGAAAUCGGAGGAAAUAUCAAGAAAUACAAACGGAAAUCAUAAAUUCAACUACAUAAGACUUGACACUAUACUUCUAAAAGUCAGCAUUAUAACAUCGAUAAUAAUUUCGGUCAUAUUCAUAUCUUUGUCGUUUGCACCACAGGAAAAGCAAGAAGAAUAAAAUGUCCGUUCUUUAAGAUGUUCAAUUGCACUGUGUUGUGUCUCAUCAUUCGUAAAUACUUUACAAUUCAGUCCAUGAUAUGCUGUAACGUUUAUA